AUGGAGCCCGGUGGAUGCAGGACCCAUAAUGGUGCCCAUUUUGUGGGAUAUAUACCCAACCAGAACGGCGGCAUUCGGGAUUGCUCGCCCAGAAAGGAGCAGAAGCAGAUGGAGACGGUUCAGACCUACGUGCCAGGUGCGUCAUUGACUAGCAGAAGGGGAGAAGUGGUCCGCAAAGUGGAGUGGGAGAGAAGAUAUGCUAUUUUACACCCUCGGACUACUUGCCCGCAAGUUGGCACCCGCAUUAGCCUUGCAAAUACACUGGCGAAUAGACCUGGUGAAAUGAACCAGCCCUGA